GCGGCUGUCCCUCCCAUGAGGUUUGCUCAAACUCACCACGGCAGCCAUCCAGGCCAUACCUCUCCAGGAAGGCUUUUAACGAAGGGUUCCGUUUCUUUAACGGAUUCAAGACUUCUAAGGGUUCCUGUUUUGUUUCUUGUGUCAGUUUUGGUUUGGGAAAAGCUCUUAAGUUCUGAAGCUCCACGAAUUAACGUAUUUAUGGCGGUGCCUACAAUAUAUGCCAAGUUGAUGGAUUAUUAUGACAAACAUUUCACUCAGCCUCACGUCCAGGAUUUUGUACGUGCGGUCUGUGAGGAGAAAAUUAGGUUGAUGGUUUCGGGGUCCGCUGCCCUGCCCCUGCCUGUGCUGGAGAAGUGGCAAAGGGUCACCGGCCACACUUUGCUGGAGCGGUAUGGGAUGACGGAGAUCGGCAUGGCCCUGUCCAACCCCCUGACCACGGCUCGCACGCCAGGUUCCGUGGGGACCCCGCUGCCAGGUGUGGAGGUACGCAUUGUCUCAGAAAACCCCAAGAAGGACGGCUAUCCCUACGUGCUCCACGCAGAAGGAAAUGAGAAGGAGACAAAGGUGACCCCGGGGUUCACGGAGAAGGAAGGAGAGCUCUUGGUCAGGGGGCCAUCCGUGUUCCGUGAAUACUGGGACAAACCAGAAGAAACCAGAAAUGCCUUCACCUGCGACGGCUGGUUCAAGACAGGCGACACAGCCGUGUUCAAGGACGGCAGGUACUGGAUCCGGGGUCGCACGUCCGUAGACAUCAUCAAGAGCGGUGGCUACAAGAUCAGCGCCCUGGAGGUGGAGCGGCUCCUGCUGGCGCACCCCAGCAUCACAGAUGUGGCUGUGAUUGGAGUUCCAGACAUGACAUGGGGCCAGCGGGUCACCGCAGUGGUGACCCUUCAGGAGGGACACUCACUGUCCCACAGGGAGCUCAAAGAAUGGGCAAGGGGCAUCCUGGCCCCGUACGCCGUGCCCUCUGAGCUGCUGCUGGUGGAGGAGAUCCCACGGAACCAGAUGGGGAAGAUCAACAAGAGAGACCUCAUCAGGCAGUUCUACCCGAGUGACCAGGGUGCCCCGAGGCCGGGCACCGGUGAGCCAGCGUCCCCUGUAAACUAGAACCCCCCAGAUCAGAGGGAACAGUGCUGGGGCUAGCAGAAAUGAGGUCACAGCGCUGAUUUUCAGAUCCGACGUGACCCCCUGUCGGCUCUGCUGCGUCCUCACAGCCACACCCGCACCGAGCGUAGCUCCCUGUGCUGCCGUCUGCUGGGCGGGUCCCCGCAGCGUCCAGGGGCACGCCCCAGGGCAGCGGGCCUCCAAGCAAAAUUCAGUAAAGUCUGGGCA